AUGUGGCAAUACUCCACACUGUGGUGAAAGCACAGCCGAGCUCUUUUUGAAGAAACGUUUCGAUGCACAGAAAUGGACAUUAAACGAUUAUUUCCGUAGCCAAGUCCCAACACUUAUUUAUCUUUACGUCCUAGUCAACUAGCAACCUCUCACUAGCCCAAUGUAGUGUAAGCGCUGCUAAUGGUAAGCUAAGUGGUACAUUGAAGGACCUAUAUGAUAUUCAUUUGGUUAUUAGUUGUCGAAACAUUUUUUCCUGUAGAAAAUCAGCAACGCGGGAACGUCCAGUCCAUUUCGCGAUGGAGGAAGUGGAUAAGAUUUUAAUUCAUUCCCUUAGACAGACUGGCACCGACAUUGGUGAGGACGUAGAGAGUGUGAAACAGUUUUCCAGUGAGCUGAUUGUAGAGGCAGUAGUAAGAUGCCUGCGAGUUAUAGACCCAGCCUUGGGAAACGGCCUGUCUCCCUCCCUGCCCCCUGGUAUGUCUGCCCGAUUCCGUCUGGGCAUGAGUCUGGCACAGGCUUGCCAGGACCUGGGCUACAAGGGAGAAAUCGGCUACCAGACGUUCCUGUACAGUAACGAACCUGAGAUCCGUUCCCUGCUCAUGUUUUUGGUCGAGAAGCUGCCCAGAGAAAGUGCUGAGACCUCUGAUCAACCUGCAGGAAAAUCUGUCCUGCUACAGAAAGCUAUCGCUGCUCAAAUAAAAGCUCAGCUCGCACUGCCGUGGUUGCCUCCAUCCUGUCGACUGCCUCUUCACUACAAAACACAGACCCCUGGUCCAUCUUAUAGUUUCCACGCCCAACCUCUGAGUGUACCUUAUUCUCUGAAAGGCUCAUCUAAAAAACAGCCCAAAGAGGUGAGGGAAUACUACAGAGAUUAUCUGCUACCUGUGACAGCCCAGCCUUCCCAGCCUAUCUCAGUGCCUGCCUCCCUGCUGGAGAACCAUGCCUCUGAGCUCAGUGCCGCCCAGGAAUGGGAAAACGAGUGGAACAGCCAAGGCCUUCUCACCCGUCUCACCCCGGAGGAGUAUCGCUCCAGAAAGCGCGCGAGACUGCAAAAACGUAUUGAAGAGCAGCUGCGGUCGACAGCGCAGCCCAGACCGGACUCCCACAGCGCCACCCGCUCGACCUCUGACCUCGCCGAGUUUCUGAACUCCUUUGGAGGGACAUCUGCUGGAGGAAACGUGCUGACCAAAGGCACCCGCUUCACCCACACGGAGAAGUUCACCUUUACGCAAGAGCCAGAAAAAGCUGCCCAGCAGAUGGCAGCAGCAGCAAAUUCGCUCCCUAGUUCCCACCAAUCUGAGGAGGACUUGAAGGCCCAACAGCAAGAGGAGAUCUCUGGUCUACAGCAGCAGUUACAACAGCUGUCUGUCCAGAUUGAAGAAGUGGGAGGAGAAAUGCGUCAGCUGACCGUGUCAAUCAGCCAGGUGUCUGAUGAACUGAAACAACGGGAAGUGAGAAACACAGAAAAAGAGGACUCUGUGAGAGUGAAGAAACAGACAAUUGAUUUACUACCAGAUGCCGAAAACAACCUGGUCAAGCUCCAGAGCCUUGUGGAGAGCAGUGCCAAACGUGUAGUUCAUUUGGCCUCGCAAUGGGAAAAGCACCGGGGGCCACUUAUCGACGAACACCGCAGACUCAAAGAACUCUGCAGCAACAAAGAGAUGGAGUCUUCAAGAAUGUUGUCAGAAAUCAAAGACCUCCACGACAAAAUACGACAGUCUGCUGACGAAGCCAAAAAGAAGGAGGGCUUGUAUAAACAGCUGAUAACAGAAUACGAGACUUUGCCGAAAGAUGUCUCCCGCUCAGCCUACACUAUGAGAAUCCUCGAGAUUGUUGGAAACAUUAAAAAACAGAAGGAGGAAAUCACAAAGAUUUUGUCAGACACUAAGGAACUGCAGAAAGAGAUCAAUGGCUUAACGGGAAAACUCGACAGGACAUUCGCUGUGACAGAUGAACUGGUCUUUAAGGACGCCAAGAAAGACGAAUCUGUCCGCAAGUCUUACAAGUACUUGGCAGCUUUACAUGAGAACUGCACUCAGCUGAUCCAGACUAUUGAGGACACAGGAACGAUCAUGAGGGAGAUCAGGGAUCUGGAGGAACAGAUUGAGACUGAAUAUGGUAAAAAGACAGUGAGUAACCUGGAGAAAAUUCUGGAGGACUACAAGGCCAUUCGACAGGAGAACUCGGCACUCGCUGCGAAAAUCAGGGAGGGCUGAGCUGGAGGACUGCCAACCCCAGUGUCCUCUAGAGGAGUCUUCUGGUGCAUCAGCACAGUGGCAGAAUGUGGAGAAACUGUUUUGCAGAGAGAACUUGUAGUGUCUGCAGGCCAAGCUGCCGUGUAUUGUCACCUCAUUGUUUUGCCUUUACUUGCACCUACAAUACUGUGCCUGCAGGAUGGGUGGGAGGAUACAUUUACCGAAAUGGCUGUUUUGAUGAGAAAACAUUAGCCAAUACUAAUGCUGGUCACCAAAAUGAGACAUUUGUUUAUCCUACAAAGUAGCUCAAGGAUGACCUGUUAGUACGCCAUGCCUUGUAAAACAAAACAAAGAAACAAACGAAAAAAAAAAAAAUCAUGCAUUAUGAAACAUUAACCUUAAUAUUUUGAUCAAUUAUCUGCUUAUUGUGGCCACUGAUUUUAUUAAACGCACUUGGUUUCAUGAAGAAGUUGAAAGACUGAUUCAGAUAGCGUCAGAUGUCUGUUUGAUAUCAGUUUGAAUGUUCUAAAAUACUUGUCCAUUUUCAAGUGGGACCAUCCACUGCUGCAAUCUUGAAACUAUUUUGAAUUUGGGUAUGAGUUUGUAAGUAGAUAAUGCCUAUGAGUUUGUUUUGUAGCUGACUGAUACUCUGUCAAAAUAUAUAGAAAACGGAGUGCUCCCCUGGCAGCUUAAUAUUAUGUCUCAAACUGAGAAGGUACAGUGAAAAGCCAAGUAGAGCACAUUACUAUUAAAUUACUGUGUCAUGUCUGUAAGCAGAUAAAAUGUAAACUUGAUUAACUCUUAAUAUGGUGGAAUCAGCAAAUGUGUUUAACUGAGUCAUUCUUUGUUGUAACGAAUGAUUUUAGAGAUGUGGAUAAAACGACGAUUCUGUUUUAUGAAUUACCAUGUGUCUUACAUUCAGUCAGCUGGUCCCUGAUGUGGAGCAACAUAGUUUUACAAGUCCUGUUGAAAACCAUCUAAACACGUCCGCUGAAGAACCCACCGAAGUUUUAUUCAGAAUCAAAACAAACAACGACAGCGUCUGCUUGUCUCAAACUGAAGUGCAGAAAUCUAAAGACUGAUUUUUUUUUUUUUUUUGGUCGAGCAUACAGCGAUUGCCACAAUGGUCUAAAACUCUAAAAUUGAAUGUUUUGGAGCUGUACAGUUGCGUUUCUACUAUGCUAAAACCUUUUUUUCUC